AUGCCGGACUAUAAGCCGUCAGGACUGCUUGGCGCCGACCAAAACACAUUCAAAGGCGUCGUUCUGAAAUACAGCGAGCCGAUCGAGGCUCGCAAACCGACGGCCAGGUACCGUCUGUAUGUCUUCAAAGGCGAGGAGCAAAUCGAUUUGCUCCAUAUCCAUCGGCAGAGCGCCUAUCUGAUCGGACGAGACCGAGUGGUCGCCGAUAUUCCUAUUGAUCACCCUUCAUGCUCCAAGCAGCAUGCUGCUCUCCAGUACCGCCAAAUUGUGACCACCGACGAACUGGGACAAACACAGCGCACAGUCAAACCCUAUAUCAUCGAUCUCAACUCGACUAACGGCGUCAUGGUCAACGGCGAUCGCAUCCCGGCGUCACGAUACGUGGAACUCCGGUCAGGCGACACCAUCAAGUUUGGCCAGAGCAGCCGCGACUAUGUCCUGCUCACCGACGAUGAAUAG